GCUCACCAUCUGGCAGAGGAGAGGCAACCUGUUACCAAGAAACUUCAGAACCGGGAGGGAGUUGAAUGAGUGAGUGAGUAAGUGAGGAAGGGAGGGAGAGUCUAACCGCUAGGGCUACCGGGACAGUCCCAGGUUGUAACAGCCCAUCCCGGAAUUACCAUGGCUCUAACAGAAGCAGUUCUACCUUCCAUCAGCUCGUUUGCCAGUCCCAUAAACUUUCAAGAGAAGCAAGACGAGAUUAUCAAGAUUUAAGCAGGUGUGUCCUGACUUCUCAUGAGUUUCGAGGAAUAAGAGGAGAUAUAUUUGGAAAUUUACAAGACUGUGUGGGGGCUUGAUCAGGUGGAUGCAGGACAGUGGAGUGUCCAUGUGGUGGGAGGUCGAGGACAAUUCCGCGAAGCAGAACUCCAGCGGUGGCAAGAACCCUGUCGGAGAUGGACCCCGGCCGGUCCUGGCCCCCGAGCAGAUCAAGCGUGAGGACGAAGACUUCGGCUCGCUCUUGGACCUGGAUCUCCUCUUGUCAGACCUUUCUGGUGCAGAAACUGGUGCCAGCACACCUGUGGCCCCUGGUUACCCACUGGCACACGUGCCAGAGGGCAGUGGUGGCAAAUUCAAGAGGGUGGUCCCCCAGCCCACGGACUGGAACAGCUCGGACACACCAGCCACUAGCCUCGUGGCUGAACUCUUGUCCACCGAUGUCCAAACUGGCCAGCUGAGACCCGACAGUCAGGCGGGAUGCGCGGACCCCCGCAAUAAGACCUACACCAACCUGGGAGGCAUGGAGCAGGGAGCGUCUGUGCCACAGAGGGAGAGACUGAUGACCUGCCCCCCCAUGGCAAUGGGAAGUGGCGGUCCCGGUGCUCAGAAACAGGACCACAUGGUGCCCGUCAGCUCUGGUGCCAGGCCCCUGGUGGAUUACAAACCAGGCCUGAUGCUGAGAUGCCAUCCUGUCCGCCACUUCUAUCCUCAGGUAGGAGAUGUAAGAACGCAGCCCAGGGACCAGCGGGUCUCGCAGUACCAGCUUGCUGAGCACUAUCAGCACCAGCAACAUCUUCAGCAGCAGGGCGCCCACAACUACCACCUGCUCUCCCGGAGCCCCUCCUACUACACCCAGCAGCCCCCACAUCUGUACCAGGGUCACAUCCACUUCUACACGUCCAACCUCAAGGGGGCCCUACCCGGGCAGGCCGCCACCCUCUCACCGGCCUCCCCCCUCCUUCCAGCCAGCGUCGCCGAGGAGCCCAAGCACAAGCGUACUCGGAAGACCUGGGCAAGGAAAAGAGUGGCCAGCCACAACUGCGAUUAUCCUGGAUGCGGAAAAGUCUACACCAAGAGCUCCCACCUAAAGGCCCACCUUCGCACCCAUACAGGAGAGAAGCCUUACCACUGUACCUGGGAAGGCUGCGGCUGGAAGUUUGCCCGCUCUGAUGAGUUGACCCGCCAUUUCCGGAAACACACAGGCCACCGCCCCUUCCAGUGCCAUCUUUGCGAGCGGGCUUUCUCCCGGUCGGACCACUUGGCUCUCCACAUGAAGAGGCACAUGUGAACUAACCCGUUCCCCCACAACUGGCCCUGCUGCACGCGGACAACCUUCCUACAGGCGACCACUUGAGGAGACGGGGCCGUGGACGGACCUCCGGGGUCAUCAGUCACAAGUGGGGGUGGAGGAGGGGUGGACAUUUUCGGUGGUGCGGAGAACCUCCAUGGUGAGGAGGUUGUGUGGAAAGCUGAUUGAAGGCAAUGCGUUAUUGGGCACCUGUCCUCCAUGGUUGGGAUGAAGACAGAACCUCUCCCUGCUUCAAAGGACAGGAACCCAGUCAUGAGCUGGUGUUGUGAGCUCCUCUGUCCUGACCUGUAGCACCAAUCGUAGGGGGGCACAAACUACAGGCGAAGUGGAGACCUCUGCCGAUGGUCCUGUACAACAAUGGUCACCUACCUGUAAACUCGGCCCCAGCCCUAUGUGCCUGGUGUUGGCCGAGACACAAUUUCCUUGGAGCUGACAUUGUGUGGGAUGGGGUCCUCCAGAGAGUGGGUCUUGCGUCUUUCACGGUAGUCCCUGUGUUGCCUAUGGUUCCUCCAACAUUAUUCACAACACAGCGUUGGAGGAAGCCGGGACCGUGGGUGCCUAUGUCUCUAUGAAGGUGUGUACUCACUGGAGUCCAACACUGAAUGGGCAUUCUGGCAAAGGCAAUGAGAUCCCUUGCAAGCCACCCACAAGCGUCCACAGACACACAGGUGAAGGCACAUUGAGCAAUACCACAUGGAUACCGGCCCUUCAGACCACCAAGUCCAUCCAGCUAGUCCCAAUUUCCUGUGCUUGGCUGAGCCCCACCACCUACCUGUCCAAGUGCUUCUUAAAUGAUACAAUUGUACUUGCCUCAAUCACUUCCUCUGGCACCUCGUUCUAUAUACAAUACUCAUCCCCUCUGGGUGAAAAAUUUGCCUCUAAGGUCCCUUUGAAUCUUUUUCCCUCUCACCCUCAAUUUAAUCCCCCUCAUUCUGGACUUUCUGGACUCUUCUACCCUGGGGAAGAGACGGUUAUUGUCCACCCUGUCUAUGCAUCUUAUAAUUUUAAACACUUCUGUAAGGUCCACCUCAUUCUCCUACAUUCCAAGGAGUGAGCUUGUUAUUGAGUGUUGCCCUCUUCUGGAGCACAUACACUGGGGUCUGGGUAGGUUUCCUGCCUCCACCUCCUCUCUGCUCUGAACCCCAGGCACCGGUAGAGUGAAAUAAUUUUUACCCUGGUUUUUCUCUAAUUCAGCUGCCAAUUACAUUUAAUCAAAAGCCAUUACAUCAUACGCUUCCCUUUCCUUCCUCUUCACCCUCUCUUGGCCUUUCAUGACUUUGCUUGUAUUGACUCCUUGCCUAAGGAGUUACUUCUGGUGGGCAGACCAAUGGCGUUCACUGCAGAGUUCAACCUGCUCCUCCAUACCUGCUUCUAGCAGAAGAGGCUGAGAGACAAAUCAAAUGUCUCCACCGUCAUUUUAAAGAGGCUCUGAUGACAUCUCUAAAAGAACCUGUCCACCUUCUCUCCAUUCUGUCAGUCCUACCUUUCAACCUCCCCAUCUUUACAUCUGACAAUUCCCCCCAUCCAAAUAUCCCCAUAAUUUUCCAAUCCCAUUUCUUCUCAUAUUCCCAAUCCUCAGGAAUAUGUGGAAGAUGGGUUGGGGAGAUGUGGGGAGAAUCUGGAUCAUCAACACAUUCCAUUGACCUGACCUCUGUCAGAAAUGGAUCCCAGCUCCCCUAUUUGUCCCACUUGUUUUUCUAGGAUGAUUUUAAUUAGGCUCAAUUUCCAUUCGGGCUCUUGUCUGUCCUUGGGAUUUCAAUGUUUUAUAUGAAGCAUUUUCUAGGACCCACUGUAAAUAGCAUCGAGUUCAAGGAGCAAACAGUGUAAAUAGAUCACUAUGGAGCAAUGAAUCUUGUCUAAUUAGGGUGGGUGUUUAUUUUGUAUUUCUGCCCUGAUGGUUGAGCUGAAAUAAAGUAUUUGAAUA